UGUGUGUCUGUGUGUGUGUGAGCUUGUUUUCAUGGCUCCGCAAACCCUAACCGGGUACGAGCGCCAGAGGCUUGAGAACAUAAAGCGCAAUGGCGAGAAGAUGGCUUCUCUGAAGCUCCAUUGCACAGCUCAAGAACUCUCUUCUGUGACCAAGCGUAACAGAGUUGAAGCAAAUGGUUAUAAGGUCACUCAGUCGAAGAAGCCCAAGCCCGAAGCUCCUGUUGUGCUCCGCAGGUCCUUCCGUACCAGACGAAUGCCGCCUGAUUCUUCAUCAACAGGAUGUGUUGAAGUCGACCUUGUCAUUUCGCUCAAUAAGACCCUCAGAUCUCCUGCUCAAUCAGAGCCUUCUCCCAAAGUCUUGGGUCCUCUCAGUAUGAAAGAUGCUUAUAGAGGUGAUUCCUCUGACAGGCAACUUAAAGAUUCAAUAGUGAAAAUGUGGGAAAAUACUCCAUUAAGUUGUGCAAUCAAGAAGGAAUUUGCUGGGGAUAGGAGCUCGGACGAUCCUAUCUUCUUAGAGAGAAAUCCGGUGGAGAGGGAAGCUCAAGGGGAUAUGGACAAAACCCCGUUGAAUGAUUCGAUAAAGAGGGAAUUUGAUAAUAAUGGGGCCUCUUGCGCUACGUUUUUUAGUAUAUCGGAAAAAGCUCCUUUAAGUUCCCUUAACUUGGCAUCACUGAGAUUGAAACCAGAAAAUAUCGUACGAGUUAUGCCUGGAAGGAUACUGAAUGUGUGCUUCUUUCCUGCAACAUACCGUUUGUUGGUUGUUACUGGGAACGAAUUUGGGAAUGUUGGAUUUUGGGAUGUUGAUAAUCAAGAGGGGGAAGGAGAUGGUAUUUAUUUAUACCACCCUCACUCUGCUUCUGUUUCGGGGAUUUUGAUCCAACCUUUUUCAUUAUCAAAAGUUUUCACGAGCAGCUAUGAUGGAUUAAUUCGUUUGUUAGAUAUAGAAAAGGAAUCAUUUGAUCUGAUUUUCUCCAGCGAAUAUUCCAUCUGCUCUCUUUCUCAACGUCCAUAUGAUGUGAAGUCAUUAUAUUUUGGGGAGGGCGAAGGAGGAUUACAUGUUUGGGAUGAGAGGGCAGGCAAAUCUUCAAGCUUAUGGAUGAUGCAUGAGCAAAAGAUCAACUCCAUAGAUUUCAACCCAGAAAACAAUAACUUGAUGGCUACAAGUUCCAGUGAUGGUACUGCUUGCAUCUGGGAUGUGAGAUGCAUUAAUGCAAAAGACCCGAAAUCCCUGAAGAUAAUAGUUGAUCACAAAAGGGCCGUUUAUUCUGCUUACUUCUCACCCAGUGGGAAUUGUCUUGCAACAACAAGUCUUGGUGACAAAGUUGGAGUUCUGAGAGGAGUUGACUUUGCGGAGGUAGAUAUGAUCCAACAUAAUAAUCUGACGGGCAGAGGAAUUUGUUCUAUCAGGUAUGACUUUCCGCUGUUGCGGAGAUAAUUUAUUAUUCUCCAAGCAAAAACAACAUAUGCUUAAUAUUCUAUUUAAGACUGGUCAGCUUCUUUGCCACAAACUCAAUGGUCUUUCUAAA